AUGGCCCAGCUAAAGCCCUUUCGAGGGGACUACUACCUCUGGGAAUAUGUGCCCUCCAGGGCGGCCGCCAUUCUCUUCACCAUUCUCUUUGUCAUCGCGACGGCGUUUGUCAUAUGGCGCAUGGUGCGGACAAGGACGCUGUUUAGCAUUGCCUUUACCAUUGGCGGGCUGUUCGAGAUCAUAGGAUACGCCGCACGAGCCGUCGCCGAAGACAAGACCGAACAGCUCGGCCCGUUCAUCGUCCAGAGCGUGCUGCUGCUCGUGGCGCCGGCCCUCUUCGCGGCGUCGAUAUACAUGGUGCUGGGGCGGCUGAUGCGCAGCGUGCACGGCGAGCGGCACUCGCUCAUCCCGGUGCGGUGGCUCACGCGGGCCUUUGUGGCGGGCGACGUGCUGUCGUUCCUCGUGCAGGCGAGCGGCGCUGGGCUCAUGGCCAAGAGCGACUUCAGCCAGGACACGGCGCAGAACAUCAUCCUGGCGGGGCUCUUUAUCCAGAUUGUCAUGUUUGGGCUCUUCGCCGCGACGGCCGUCGUCUUCGACGUGCGGAUGCGGCGGUGGCCGAGCGGCGCCGCGUCUGCGUCGGCGGCCGAGGGUGGCGGCGGCGGCAGGGCGUGGAAGCGCGUCGUGUGGAUGCUGUACGCGGCGAGCGCCCUCAUCAUGGUGCGGAGCAUCUUCCGCGUCGUCGAGUACGCCACGGGCAAGGGCGAGUACCUGCUCGGGCACGAGUGGACGCUCUACGUCUUCGACGCGGUGCUCAUGCUGGCCGUCAUGGCCGUCUACGGGUGGAUCUACCCGGGCGGCCUGGGCGGCGGCGGCGACGGCGUCGUCAACAAGCCGGCGAGGCCGUGGGAGGCGGUCGACUCGACGUCGGUCGACAUGGGGGAGGAGAUGGGGUUUGGCGGCGGCAGCGGCGGCCACGGGAUGCGCGGCGUCGAGGCCGGCAGGAAGUAG